CCGGGUGCUUCUCCGCUCCGGGGGAGAAGGCGCGGCCGUGGCUGCCGCCCUCUAAGUCGCGGCGCCAGCGAGGCCCGGCGCGCGCAUGGUGCUGGUGCCGCUCGGGUGUUGAUCGGCCUGUCCCCUCCCUCUCUUCCCCUCCCCACCCCCCGCGGUGGUCUCCCCUUUCCACCCCAGCCCCAGCAGAGCCAUGUCUCGGAGUGGCUCCUGCCCGCACCUGUUGUGGGACGUGAGGAAAAGGUCCCUUGGGCUGGAAGACCCGUCCCGGCUGAGGAGCCGCUACCUGGGAAGAAGAGAAUUUAUCCAAAGAUUAAAACUUGAAGCAACUUUAAAUGUGCAUGAUGGCUGUGUUAAUACAAUCUGCUGGAAUGACACUGGAGAAUAUAUUUUAUCUGGCUCUGAUGACACUAAACUUGUAAUUAGUAAUCCGUAUAGCAGAAAGGUUUUAACAACCAUCCGUUCAGGGCAUCGAGCAAAUAUAUUUAGUGCAAAGUUCUUGCCAUGCACAGAUGAUAAGCAGAUUGUGUCUUGCUCUGGAGAUGGAGUCAUAUUUUAUACUAAUAUCGAGCAAGAUGCAGAAACCAACAGACAGUGCCAAUUUACGUGCCAUUAUGGAACUACUUACGAGAUUAUGACUGUACCAAACGACCCUUACACCUUUCUAUCCUGUGGUGAAGAUGGAACUGUUAGGUGGUUUGACACACGCAUCAAAACCAGUUGCACAAAAGAAGAUUGCAAAGAUGAUAUUUUAAUCAACUGUAGGCGUGCUGCCACAUCUGUGGCUAUUUGUCCCCCAGUACCGUAUUACCUUGCUGUGGGUUGUUCUGAUAGCUCAGUACGGAUUUAUGAUCGACGGAUGCUGGGCACAAGAGCUACAGGGAAUUAUGCAGGUCGAGGAACUACUGGAAUGGUUGCUCGCUUCAUCCCUUCUCAUCUUAGUAAUAAGUCAUGCAGAGUGACAUCGCUGUGUUACAGUGAAGAUGGUCAAGAGAUUCUUGUCAGUUAUUCUUCAGAUUACAUCUAUCUUUUUGACCCCAAAGAUGAUACGGCACGAGAACUUAAAACUCCUUCUGCAGAGGAGAGGAGAGAAGAGUUACGACAGCCUCCAGUUAAGCGCUUGAGACUUCGUGGUGAUUGGUCAGAUACUGGUCCCAGGGCACGGCCGGAGAGUGAACGAGAACGAGAUGGAGAGCAAAGUCCCAACGUGUCAUUGAUGCAGAGAAUGUCUGAUAUGUUAUCAAGGUGGUUUGAAGAAGCAAGUGAAGUUGCACAAAGCAACAGAGGAAGAGGAAGACCUCGGCCCAGAGGUGGAACAAAUCAGCCAGAUGUUUCAACUCUUCCUACGGUUCCAUCAAGUCCUAAUUUGGAAGUGGGGGAAACUGCAAUGGACGUGGAUAUGCCAGCUGCACUUCUUCAGCCUUCUACAUCCUCUACAGUCUCAGUUCAGGCUCAGGCGGCCGCAGCCGCCAUAGAAAGCCCUCAUUCCACCUCUUUGCUGUCUUCUCCAGACAGUGAGCCAAGGCAGUCUGUUGAGGCAUCUGGACACCAUACACAUCAUCAAUCUGAUUCUCCUUCUUCUGUGGUUAACAAACAGCUCGGAUCCAUGUCACUUGAUGAGCAACAGGAUAACAAUAAUGAAAGGCUGAGCCCCAAACCAGGGACAGGUGAACCAGUUUUAAGUUUGCACUACAGCACAGAAGGAACAACUACAAGCACAAUAAAACUGAACUUUACAGAUGAAUGGAGCAGUACAGCCUCAAGUUCCAGAGGAAAUGGGAGCCAUUGCAAAUCUGAGGGUCAAGAGGAAUGCUUGGUCCCACCGUGCUCUGUGCAGCCGCCUGAAGGAGACAGUGAGACAAGAGCUCCUGAAGAACUAUCAGAGAAAGGAACAUUUUCAGAAAACCUCAUUCAAAACCAGAUAGAUACAGCACAAUUUGAUACCUUCCCAGCUGAGCCAUUGGAUUCUAACUCAGGAGAAAGGAAGAACCCAAGUCUUGACAGCCCUUGUGGGGUUCCAGAAGAAGGCAGUUUGUCUGAAACAGACAGGGAGACUUGUGAGCAGAUCAGCACUGAGAGUGCAGCCAGGCAUGCUAGCAUCAAGCCUGAGCUCCCAUCCCAGACAGAAGCCGUCGAACAGACCAGUACUGAGAGUACAGUCAGGCAUACCAGCGCCAAUCCUGAACUCCCAUCCCAGACAGAAGCCAUAGCACUUUCAGCUCAUGAAGACCCAUCUGCCAGGGACUCUGCUCUCCAGGACACAGAUGACAGCGAUGAUGACCCAGUCUUGAUCCCUGGUGCAAGAUACCGAACAGGACCUGGUGAUAGGCGCUCCGCUGUCGCCCGCAUUCAGGAGUUCUUCAGGAGGAGAAAAGAAAGGAAAGAAAUGGAAGAAUUGGAUACUUUGAACAUUAGGAGGCCACUAGUAAAGAUGGUUUAUAAGGGCCACCGCAACUCCCGGACAAUGAUAAAAGAAGCCAAUUUCUGGGGUGCUAACUUUGUAAUGAGCGGUUCCGAUUGUGGCCAUAUCUUCAUCUGGGACCGGCACACUGCUGAGCAUUUGAUGCUUCUGGAAGCUGAUAAUCAUGUGGUCAACUGCCUGCAGCCCCAUCCGUUUGACCCCAUUCUAGCCUCAUCUGGCAUAGAUUAUGACAUAAAGAUCUGGUCGCCACUAGAAGAGUCAAGAAUUUUUAAUCGAAAACUUGCUGAUGAAGUUAUAACUCGAAAUGAACUCAUGCUGGAAGAGACUAGAAACACCAUUACCGUCCCAGCCUCUUUCAUGUUGAGGAUGUUGGCAUCACUGAACCAUAUCCGAGCUGAUCGUCUGGAAGGUGACAGAUCGGAAGGUUCAGGUCAGGAGAAUGAAAAUGAGGAUGAAGAAUAAACAACUCCUUUGCAAGCACUUAGAUGUUCUGAGAUUUGUAUACGACAUUUAUUAAAUUUUUUUCUUUACAGAACUUUAGUGCAAUUUAAGGCUAUGGGUUUUUGGAGUGCUUCCCCAUUUGGGGGAUAACCAAACCUUGGUUUGGAAUGAGUGUGUGCAUGAGUUGGGAGAGUGUGUAAAACAAAACAAGCAAAAUGUUUUUGAAACUUUUUGCCGUGUAUGGAGUCCUAAAAAAAUGCAAAGUGCAAUACUUCCCUAACCCUCAGAUGUGGGAGCUUGGAUCAGUGUUGAAAAGUCAUUUUCAUUGUAGUGAAAAUGUUGGUUCAAAUAAAUUUCUACACUUGCCAUUUGCAUGUUUGUUGCUUUCUAAUUAAAGAUGUUGGUUGCUUUAAGAUAUCCUAAA